GUUCUCUCCCUUAAAAAAUGGGUACGAAACAGAAGACUAAGCCGGAAAAGCAGAGUAAAAUAAUAAAAGAUGCUGAUUGUAUUGGUUUGAGGCACAUGAUAAGAGAAGGAAUAAAUGGUUAUGUGUUCUGGUGUUUGUUCCAGGGGUUAGCCCCUAUGAUUUGGUUCUACCCUCUUAAUGACCUGGAGAUCUCUGGAUAUGAAGCCUAUGCUGCCCUUUGGUUUACGCAGAUUCUAGCAGGAAUACCACUGUUCAGGCUUCUUAUACAUAAUCAGUAUGUGUUAGGAGGUUUACGUGGCCUGUGUGUUUUUGCACUAGCAUCUUUCCAAGCCCCGACGACUCUGUCAAGGCUGGUAACACUGGCAGCGGGGAAUGGUGUGGCAACUUUAACACUAACAGCAACCCUCUGGAGUCCAAGUAAAAGAAUCAGAACAUCAACAUGCUGGGGUUUGCUGCUGGGCUUUAUUGGGUUUGUGGUGAGUCGUAUCUGGUUUACAACAUUUGUACCCACGUGGUGGUCCAAUAUGUCAAAUACUGUUGUCAUCACCAUCGGAGCUUUGGCUGUAGUGGACCAGUUUCUCUCAGGUUAUGACAAGAUAGAUGAAGGUGAAAGACACGUAGACAAGAAGUUACAGUACCCUCUAUGGCUGACUACUGGUCUAGGGUUUGGUAGUCUGUUGUUCCUUAUAAACUGGGUGUUUGGUGAAGUAUCCCUCAUAACAAGGUGGACAGUCAGAGCUUACCCAAAUAAUGGACCCGAACCUUAUCCUUGGGGAGCUUGUACACUGGUUGCUCUAUGUUUUGGUGCCUAUAUGUCAGCCUGUCGUCAUGUGGCAACGAGCAAAAUCUGGUGGUUUGUCAGCCUUGCCUCAUUCUGUGCUUUGUAUUAUCUCCCAACGUGGCAGGGAUUUACAGGUGGACUGGUUCUGGGAGUGUUUGCCAUGUCUGUAUGGCCUGAGAUGUCAGACAGGGUCUCACGCUGUCCACCUGCCAGAACCCUCUUCCUGGCUAUACUUGUGUUCAUGAUUCAGAACUUCUUCCUGGUGUGGACAGUGGCAUACAACUUUGUACCUCUAGGAGAGUACACAAGAGAACAUACAGACAUUCUUAUAGCUAUCAACAUGCUGUGUAUACUUGCUGGUCUCUUUGCAGGUGGAUCUACAAAUGAUGAUGGGUACACAGCAUAUAUCACUUUACACAGAAAGAAAACACCUUCUUCUAGUUUUAAUAAAGUGUUGGUUUUACUGCUGUGUGUCGGCCUGCUUGGGUUUGGCUAUAGAUAUAAUCCACAGAGAUUUGAUCAUCCUGUCAAAAAAUCACCUAAACAGAUCACUGCAGCAAUAUGGACCUAUCAUUUUGGUUAUGAUAAUAAAGGCUGGCCUAGUCUGGAAAGGACUGCCUCUUUACUCAACGAUACAGGUGUUGAUAUUGUCACAAUGUUAGAGAGUGAUGCAUCAAAGCCGUUUCUUGGCAACAAUGACCUUGGUCAGUGGCUUGGUGAGAAAAUGGGAUUCUAUGUUGACUUUGGUCCUUCCACAAAGGACCAUACAUGGGGCAAUUUGAUAUUAUCCAAGUAUCCCUUUGUGAAAUCCACCCAUCAUUUACUGCCAUCCCCAUAUGGAGAGUUAGCACCAGCUGUAACAGCUACAGUGAAUGUUUCUGGCAGUCUGGUAGACUUUGUUGUUACACAUAUGGGCAAUGAUAGGGAUACACUAGACAGGAAACUACAAGCGGAGUUCCUGGCACGAGAAACAAAGAACAGCGAGAAUUCUGUUGUCUUUCUGGGCUAUGUAACAUCAAAGCCGGGCAGUAAGGAGUAUCUGGAAUUGAUAAACAAUGGAAAUAUGAAUGACAUUGAUGAUACAGAUAGGAAAAGAUUUUGUGAAUAUAUCAUGUACAGAGGAUUGAAGAGGUUAGGGUAUGCAAGAAUAACACAUGGGGGCCUGAGUGACACAGAGUUACAGAUGGCAAAAUUUGAGAUCCCAGAUGAUCCCAAUAACUUCAAGGACAACACCAAAGUGACUUAUGAUACAGAGAACAGUAUCAUACCAGACAGUGUCAAGUUUAAUGAGAAGUUUGGGACACUACACCAUGGGCAUGGCUACUUCCCAGGACACAGGUUCCACAUGAGUACACCAAAAUAUUUCCUUCCUUAGGCAGCUGUUGUGAAUGAAGUGUUACCAGUAUAUGUACCAAAAUAUUUCCCACCUUAGCAGGGACUAAAAAAAUCUAAGAAAAAAGUUAAAUAUGAUCAAAAUGCUUUCUCUUUAAUAGAAUUUGUUGAGAAAAUGAAUUGUAUAAUGGUUGUUGUUUAGUACUCACAGAAUAUUGAUAUGUAGUGUUUUCUAGCAAUAAAUAUUUAGCAGGACUUAGAUUUACCAGUAAGCAAUAAGUGUUGCACAUUUACUGCUACAUGUGUUGUGAAAUAGUCAAGUAUUUCAAGCAUAUCAGCAGUUACAGACAAAUCAAAAUUGUUCUAUAGUGCUAAUUGAUAAUUAAAUGUGUAUAGUUUAAAACUGCCCCUAUUAUUGAGUGAACCAUACUGGUUCGAGUCGUAAAUAUUCGGCCACCCACUUUAAAGCUUUUUUAGAGCCAGAUACUUGAGAACGCAUCUGUGUCAUCACAGGCGCUUGCGUUAGCAACAAAGUCGGCAAAACACAAGAAGUUGGGGUGAGUAGAAAAAAAGUUGUCCUUACCUCAAGUGUACUCUAAACAGCAAAUAUUUUGUCUCGCGGGACGCGUGAAGUCAUCGCACACGCUCGAUUAUGCUAAGGCCCGGCUAGGGUUUAUUCAAAUCUAAACUUUAAAUAAAAAGUCAUUGAAUAUUUAAUUCUGUUUUUUCAUUUUUCCAAAAUGAAAAUUAUUAGACUAUAAUUUCAUUCAAAUCUGCUCGACAUGACUUAAUCACAACCCUUAAAAACGUCCAAGUAACUUAACGUCGUACUACUAGCACAGAUCUAUGCAACACUCAUUACGGGCCUCGAUCUAUAAAUAACUCUACGUAUGGCUAUAAAUAGACACACAUGAGCAGAUAAAACUAUUUUUAGAACAUUCGAUCACUGCUUAUGCAAAGGCUUUUGUUUAUAUAUUCUCUUUCCUUCUUUGUGCAUAUGACAUUGUGUAAUAAACAGUGACGUAAAAAUUAAACGACGUCAUGCAGGUGUGAGAAGGAUGACAGGCGCUUUUUAAAUCUCUGUUGGCAAAUGUUUCCCACAAGGUGUGCUAUUGAAAAUUGAUUGCAGUUUGUUGAAAAAAGAACGAUUUUGGCUGUAGCAUCGAUUUAUUUCCAAGACAAUGUUGAAAACAUAACCAACGUUAUGUUUAAAAAGUGGCUGAAUAUUUACAACCUCUAGAAGGUAAAAUGUGAAGGCUAAACCUGUCCGUUAUUUUAUGGGCGGUUUUAUUAAUAAAUUAUUGUUUACCAUAUUGUAAACGGCCGUUAAUUAUAACAAUCAGUGUUGCUUGUAUUAAAGCAUAAAUGGUAGAAAUUUUGUACAAAUCGGUUGUAUAAAGAAAGAAAUAUUUACGACUCGAACCAGUACUUAGCAAAAUAAUGCCUCUGUUGAACUAUAUAGAAAUCUACAUGUUAGUUUAUAAAGUGAUGGUGUAACAUCAUUUAUCCAGAAAACCUAGAAUAAUGCCUUGUAGCCAUUAUACAUGCUGCAUAAAUGUUAUUGUAUCCAGUAUAUCAAGUGUUAAACAGUGGGCACUACUGUCUUUCUGAUGGUUAAAUUUGACAACAGAUAGGUUUUGAUGUAAAUUAAUUCAAAAUAAUAACAUAAAAUAAGCAGCAAUACAAGGUCCCCAACUAAGAUUUUGUGAAUUAUGAAAAAAUAAGCACAAGGACCUACAACUUCAAUUUGAUCAUAUGAUAAAAAAUAGAUGAAUGUAUAUAUGUAAUUAUGAAAAGUUUCAUUAAAAUCCAACUUUCGGACUUUCUCUAUAAGCAGACAUUUCAGCGAGUUAGAUUCCCCCAUAGAAGCCUAUUGUGAAAAUUUACCGACAAAUAUUUUAUAAUCUGUCAAACAAAAAAUCAGGCGCAUGGCCCUAUCUUUGUAAAUGGUUGAAUUUCAUUUGCUUUGAAAAAUUAUGAUUUGAUAAAAUUCUACUUUGUAGAACAAUAUUUUUCCAAAUGUGGAGAAUUACCUUAAGAAGAGACAAUAUUGAUUUGAUGUAGAAUCUUUUAGUCUAGGCUGGUUAAUUCAGACAAAACUGCUAGCUGUCUGAAUGGCAUAGCCUACAAAAAUGGAAGUUCAAAGAAUAAAGACGUUUGAAUAAGCACUGCUUGAUUUCAUUAUCAGAAUCAAGGUAAAUUAAUUGUUUUCUAUAUGGUUGAAAUGAGAGAAUAUUUGUUUUGACAUUUGACACUGAAAUAUAAGUAAACAAUUUAAUGUAUUUUCUCAACAGAAACAGACCUUGUUUAGAAAAAAGUUAGCUACAAAGUUGUGAAAUUUAGAUAUGAUUAAGAUUUCCUCAGGUAUGUUCUUUGGCCCUGAAGUAGUUCAUUUGAUGCUGCUUACCUUUGAUAUGUUUGUUAGAGUCUUUUGUGCCAUAUUUGUCUGUUUGCUUAUAAAUGUGAUUUAGUGAUCUGUAUAUAAUUUUACUGCUCAGCACAAGACUAGUUUAUGUGUAUAGAUAUAAAGAAAUUGAUUGAACAGUUUUGCUUUUAGUCCUCAAAAUUUAUUUUAUGAAACACUUUGUAUUACCAACAAUGAUAAAAGGUUUUAGACUAAAUGCUCUGUAUGACAGUAUAAAAUGCACAUGUGUUGAAUUUUAUCAGCUUCACUUCUUUAUAUAGCAGAAUAAGCUAAGACAAAAUCCUUGUAUAUUUUGUUUAUGUGUAGAAGAAUCAAGAUAUAGAAUAUUCUGUUUAUUGUUGGAAGAAUCAAUUAUUACAAGUUGCUGGGAUAUUUUUAUUGUUAGAAGAUUGAAGUUAUAGAAUAGUCUGUUUAUUGUUGCGAGAAUCAAGCUAAUGCAUGUUACUAAAUUAUUUUGUUUACUUUACUAUGUUUUUUCGCAGCACCUCUUUAUUUAAAGAUAGAACAAAGAGUGCAAGAGAUCACAAUAUAUAUAUAUAUAUAGAGAGAGAGAGUCUAACGUCUCUGGUCCCAAUCAGAUAAAAAAAAGCUUAACUGUCUCUUUUGAUUUAUGAGUCAUGAUAACAGAGAUCUGAGUAUAUGUGCAAAUGUUGAACUGGUUGUAGUACAUUUCGGCAUGUAUAUAAAGCAGCAUUGGAACCAAAUUUAUUGGGUUGGUGGAUUUGUUGUUGAAUAUGCACACUUGUUUUUACUGCUAGGGGUUUUGCCUUGAUUGGUCUGCUGUAUUGUAAUGGUGAUUUGUUCAUAUAAACUCUCAUUUUCUAUAAUAAUAAUUUGUAUUGUGAACUUCUAUCUUCACAGGUCUCACAUGUAUGAAAGCUAACUAUUCUGAAUUUAAUUAUUUCUGUAUAUGUACAUUUUCUCUAAAAUUCAUGAUAUCCUUGAGAUCUAGUUAUUUUCUAAGAGAGAAUAUUAUAUAACUUCUGUGGUCUCAGUCAGUUAAACUGUCACUGUUGAUUUGUGAAGCAUGAUAACAGAGAUUUGAGACUAUAUGCAAAUGUUGAACCAGUUCCAAUGUGUAGUGCAGUUCAGGCAUAUACAUGUAUAUAAAACAGCAUUGAAACCAGCCUUAUUUACAUGUAUGUUGGUGAAUUUGUUGUUUAAUAUGCACGAUCUUCUUUACUGCUGUGUGCUAUAAUUGAUUUAAUGUAUCAUGUUGGUUAUUUUGUCCUGUAAAUCCUUUCUUUAACAAUGUUUGCUUUAUAUAUAUGUGCAGUCACAUUAAAUAUGGUAAUCAGACAGAAAAAGUGUUUUAGGCUGAGAGACAAUAGAUCAUUUUCAUACACUUCAGGUUAUUGUUUUUACAUAGAAAUAAAUAACAUAUUAAAUUGUUUAUAUGUGAUUAUAUAUUGCAAGACUUACAUAUGUGUGUGUUUUAGAAACGUGUGCAUUCUCUGCAUUUAUAGCAACAUCGCAGGAAAUAUCUUGGUAUGUACUUAUUUCAUUUCUGUGCCAUUGCUGUAAUGUUAAAUUUAUCACUGCCCUUUACCCAAAUUGUACAAGUAGUUUUAUACAAAUCUAGACUAAGGUACAAGAUUGUUUUAUCUUGAAAAAUGUUUAGCAAAUUGUCAUCGUUUGACCAUUAUCGGUUUGCAAGCUAGUCAAGAAAAAGAUGGUUGUAAUAAGUGUCACCUUAUUUAAGGUUUACCUAGUUGCAGUCAUACAUGUUGCGUUGAUCUGUCUUUUUGAAAUGAAUAUCAAUCAUCUUUUGUCAGUUAACCACAGAGAGUAUGCUUUUAUUUUGCUGGAUUGUGUUCUUCUUAUACGUACAUGACAGUUGAAUGGAUUUAAUUACCCAGAAUGCAUAGCUCUACUAGAUUGCUUUAAUAAUACAAGAACUGUAGCUUGUGAGUUUGUCAAAAUAUCUAGUUUCAGUUUCCAAUUUUGUUCAAAUGGGGGCACCUGACAUGUUUAAAAAUAGAAAAACCUUGUGAUCUCACUGGAGUCCAUACCUGACAUGUUUAUGUUAUGAUUAUGAUACUAAAUACAUCUGUUAUUAUUCAUGAUUCAGUGUGUCGUACGGGGGGCCACCGUGGCCGAGUGGUUAAGGUCGCUGACUUCAAAUGACUUGCCUCUCAUCGAUGUGGGUUCGAGCCUCACUCGGGGCUUUAAAUUCUUCAUGUGAGGAAGCCAUCCAGCUGGCUUACGGAAGGUCGGUGGUUCUACCCAGGUGCCCGCUGGUGAUGAAAUAAUGCACGGAGGGGCACCUGGGGUCUUCCUCCACCAUUAAAAAAGCUGGAAAGUCGCCAUAUGACCUAUCAUGUGUCGGUGCGACGUUAAAUUCAACAAAAAAAAUGUGUGUCGUAUAUUUUUUCAAGAUCCAAUAACCAAGGUCAGGUGAGAUUAAAAUUGCUAUAUUUUCCAUUUGUUACAGGGUACAUAUACUGAAACCUUAAUGACUAACAUAUUCAAGUAUUAAGGUGAGCAGUGUAUGGCUUGUUAACCAGGUUUUCAACGAAAACCUGAGUUAUUAGAUUGGGGUAGAUGUCGGACGGGCGGGCGGAGGUGGCGGCGGCGGCGUCAAACUGGUGUUUCCGGUCAAUAACUUUUGUUUCGGUAAAGAUAUUUGAAUAAAACUUGGUAUGUAUGUAGCUUAUAUCAAGACAAAGGCUGGGAUUGAUUUUGGGGUUUCUGGGGUCAAGGUCAAGGUCACUGUUACUUAAAAUAGAAAAAGGGUUUCCGGUCAAUAACUUCUGUUUCGGUAAAGAUAUUUGAAUAAAACUUGGUAUGUAUAUAGCUUAUAUCAAGACAAAGGCUGGGAUUGAUUUUGGGGUUUCUGGGGACAAGGUCAAGGUCACUGUUACUUAAAAUAGAAAAAAAGUUUCCGGUCAAUAACUUAACUUAGGAAUGAGCUAUCAUGAUGAAACUUGGUGUAUAGAAAACUUAUAUAAAGUUGUAGCUUGGGAUUGAUUUUGGGGUUUCUGGGAUCAAGGUCAAGGUCAUUGUUACUAAAAAUAGGGUUAGGGUUAGCAUAUCUUCUACAUGCAUGGAGGGAUUUUGAUGAAAGUUGGCACAAUUGUUCACCAUCAUGAGACGGAGUGUCAUGCGCAAGAACCAGGUCCCUAGGUCUAAGGUCAAGGUCGAACUUAGAGGUCAAAGGAUACAAGAAUGAAAACUUUGUCCGGAGCAUAUCUUCUUCAUGCAUAGAGGGAUUUUGAUGUAACUUGGCACAAUUAUACACCAUCAUGAGACGAAGUGUCUUGCGCAGUUCCUUUCUUUAGAAUUACUUCCCUUUGUUGUUACUAUAAAUAGCUUAUAUUGUAACUUUUUCAUUACUAGACGUAGGGAAAAAUCGAGACCACUUCUCUGUAGUACAACAUGCAUGUUUCAUCCAAUUGUGAGGUGUAUUUUGACCAAUCUCUACCUGGUAAGGAUUUCUGUGUGGACUUACAAUUUUUUUUUUUGUAUUUUUAUUUUUUUUAUUUUUAAGAUUAACUUCCCUUAGUUGUUACUACAAAUAACUUAUAUUGUAACUUUUUUAUAAUUGACCGUAGGGAAAAACCAAGACCACUUUUCUGUGGUACAACAUAGGUGUUACUUUCUAAUUUUAGGUGUAUUUUAAGGUAUCUCUACCUGGUAAGGAGUUUUUUUGUGGACUUUGAAAAACAAAAGAAUUACAAUGAUUACUAAACAACCACAAAAUUAAAAUUACAUCUGCAAAUACAGGUGCUAGAGUAAAGAAAUUUGCUGUGACGGGUGUAUAUUGUGACAUUCUGGCACUCCUGUUUAUUCUUAUGAAAAGUGUUGAAAACCUGGUUUCGUGGCAUUGCCGCAUUUCUUGUUUUGUUAUUUGACUACCCUUAUGUAACAUUACAAAAAACGUGUAAAGUUUUAUUCUUAAUUCAUAUACUGUUACGUCUUUUUUUUAAAUCUUGACUAAUAUACAUGUUUCCUGUACUAGUUCUUUUUAAGAUCAAAUUUUAUUUUGUGUUAAGCAUUUUUUAAUGUUAAAGAUCCAUUGUUAUAUUUUUGUCUUGAUCAAAAAUGUAUUGACAGCAGAACAAUAGGUAACAAUAUUUUAUUGCUUAAAUUUACUUACUUGAACAAGUGUGGAAAAGAGCAUGUGUGGUAACAGGAUCGCUUUUCUUCCUUAUACCCUUCUGCUUUGCUUCUUUUUUUUAGUUUUAUACACAUACAAACAUGCAAAUUACAUUGCAUGCUUUCAGUUUAUUUAAAAUGCUUUUCCAAGGCUUUAAACUCUGAUGUGUGUUAAUAGCUUUUCACCAAUUUAUUAUAUGCCCGAGCGGAUAUAUUAUGUGAUGGCGUAGGUCGUCCCUCUGAUGGAAAUUUAUUUUCCACUCAAUAACAUGAGAAUACUUUGACAUAUGAUCCUCAAGCAAUACGUUCUUAAUUUUUAAGGUCAGUUGGACAAAGGUUAAGGUCACAGUGACUGUUAAGUAUAAAAACCGUUUUCGCUUAGUAUCUUUAAAACCCUUUACCCUCGAUCCUGUAAGUUGGCAGGCAUACUGCUUAAAUGCAGCAGAUUGCCUUUCUUGAGCGUUUGUUCAUGGGCAGUGAAUGAAUCCUAUCGAUUUUCAGGUUUAACUUAGUGGGUCAAAUUUAAAGGUAGUGACCGUCAGUACGAAAUGAACAUUCACUAUGGACCCCUGUUGAUAUUUAGGUUUCCUAGUCAAGUCAGGUAAAGUGACAGAUGGAUAUAUUAUAUGAUGAUGCUGGUUAUCUGUCCAUCUGUUUGCAAUUUAGUUUCCACUCAAUUGCUUCAGAAUACUUUGACUUAUGAUUAUCCAACUUGAUAGACACAUUACCUCGGGUGUUUUUUUUGUUCCGCACAGCGGUGCUUUUGUUUAUAUAUAAUUGAGUUUAGUGUACAAUGUAAUCAGAAUCAUGUUUAAUGUUUUCAUCUGUACUUAGUCGUAUUACUUUUAUGCGUAAGUUCUUAUUCUUUACAAAGUGAAAAUAGUUCACAGACACUGCAUCAUGUUUUGUACUCUCUAUGCGUAGUGAUAUGUCAGAUAUACCAUUGUUCAAAUUCUAGCAGUUGUUCAAGUAUGGUACGUGUUUUCGAAAGUCAUAAGGAAAUUGGUCCUGUUUGCAGUAUAUUUAUGGACUAUUCUCGUGUCACUAUUCUUUAAAGACGUAAAGCAGCAAAAGUCUAAAAUUUGUAGUAAAUAGGUCUGGUUAUUACAGGAAGUCUCUCUGAAAUGGAUCCAUGACAAAUUUCUACAUUAAUCAUGAACGAAACGAGACGUUAAUAUUAUAAAAGGACACUCGGUGAAAAAGAAGCUGUCGGAGUAAAACCAUUUUAUUGGUAUUUUGGAUUGAAUACUAAGUAAAUCCAUAAUCGCAUUAAGUGAAUUUCCAAAACUUUACAGAAGUUUUCAUGUUGAGGCGCGUAUAAAGUUUUUUGUAUACGUGCAGUACCGUGUAUACUUUCAAAGCUGAAAUGAAAAUGCUGCUUAGAUAACAGAAUGGACUAAAACUCAUUAGGUAAAGAACAAUGAUUUUGUAAAGAAAUAGCCUAUUUUUUUACCUGUAGCAAACCUUUUGUAUAUCUAUGUGUUGUUUGUAAACAUAUGCUGCUUGUUCACUCCUGAUACUCACUAUGUCAUUUUAUGUUAAUGAUCUUUCCUGGUUUUUAUUAAAGUUCUAGAAAUGCA